AGUUCAUUUAAUGAAUUACUUUGGAGAAAACAACAUUCAGUUGGAAGUGAUAGCUUCUGUGAACAAGAUGUUUGUUCGUUUCCGCAUUAUCGUCGAAUUUAUAUUACUUUCAUUAACUAUGGCAAACGGCGCACGUAUACUGGCUGUGUUCUCAAACCCAUCGUACAGUCACCACCAAGUUUUUAACUGUUUAGUGGACGCUUAUUUGGAACAAGGACAUCAAGUUGUAGUCAUCACCGCGUAUCCUGUAUAUCCCAAGGGACAAGUGCCGAGAAAUCUCACACAGAUCGAUAUAAAAGAAAUAUCACUAAAAAUAUGGGAUGAAGAAAUAUCGAAACCAAUAGCAAACAAGGAGAAUAAUAUUGUUACAUUAUGCACUUAUUCUUUGACGUCAUUCGUAAAAAUAGUAAAAAAACAAUUUGAAAUAGAGGAAGUGAAAGCAAUUAUUGAAAAUAAAAAUAUCACAUAUGAUUUGAUAGUAACAGAAUCGUUAAUGAAAACGAACUUAAUGAUAUCCCAUUUCCACAAAGCACCUGUGUUAGAAAUCAAUUCGUUUGGGCCAGUGUAUAGGGACAUGGAAAAUUUUGGAGCUCCGGAACAACCUCUCCUGUAUCCUAACUGUAUGCGAAAAAGAUUAAUUAAUCUUACAUUAUUCGAAGAAAUAUCAGAAUUACAUGUUGAUCUUAGUUUACAAAGAUUAAUCUACAACGUGCUAUACUUAGGUUCAAACAACGCCAUGAAAAAUACGCCCGAGUUCAAUUCAGUACCCGCCAUGGAGAUUUUGCAAAACAAUGCUCAAAUGUUAUAUUUGAACACACAUCCUAUUUGGGAUGGCAUCCGUCCAGUACCGCUUUCCGUAGUUUAUAUUUAUGGGAUACAUAAAAAACCAUACGAAGAACUACCCAAAAAUAUUUCGUCGUACUUAGAAGCUUCAGUCAACGGCGUGGUUUACGUAUCAUUCGGUACAACAGCAGAUCUAAGCUUGUACUCGGCUAAAAUACAAGUAUUACUCAAUGCGUUUUCGAAACUGCCGUAUGAUAUCCUUUUCAAGUGGCCUAAAGACGAACUGCCAGGAAAGCCUGAUAAUGUUAAGAUAGCUAAAUGGUUUCCGCAAGCUGAUCUUUUGAAACACCCCAAAGUAAAAGUGUUUAUAACACAAGGAGGUAUACAAUCAACGGAUGAAGCUAUCGAUGCCGGUGUGCCUCUAAUUGGGAUACCUUUAAUUUGGGAUCAGUGGGCGAGCACUGAAAGAUAUAUGCGACAUGGAAUAGGAAUAAAACUUGAAAUGAAUACUAUUACAGAGGAACUGAUAAUUAACGCAGUGACUACUAUAAUUAGUGACAGUAGCUACCGCCGGAACAUAGUGAGACUACGUGCGCUGCUGUGGGACGCACCUCAACAACCGCUGGAACGAGCCCUCUGGUGGACGCGUUACAUGCUGCGCCACGGUGGAGCAAGCCAUUUGCGCGCGCCCGCCGCCAACAUGUCCUACGCGGAAUUCUUCGAAGUGGAGCUGUUUUUAAUACUAUUUGCUUCUAGUACUACAUUAAUUCUCUGUACUAUAUUUAUUUGUAUGAAAUAUUUAAUACCAACUUUUAAUUUCGGCCUUGACUGGUUGAAAUGCAAAUAUAUACACGUUAAAUAUAAUAUAUAAAAACAGAAGCCGUUUUACUUA